GGAAAAGAAAAUAUAAAUCAGAUUACCAGAAACGGAAUGAAAAGAAGGAGAGAGAGGCCAGGAGAAUUGCUGUAUCCCAGUCUAUCAAGACCUUCUUUAAGACAGAAUGGACUUUGAUUCUAUCCAAGAUAGCGAUCACAAAUUGAAAGUGUUUCAAAGUCUUCUGGAUUACGUUCCUGCUGUGCAAGACCUUCUGUACUUACUGAUUGUCUUCACAGAUACCAGUGCUGAUGUUUGCACUGGCAGUUUAGCUGCAGUAUGUCAGAAGAGAAAGAAAAGGACUCCCCAUCUGAGAUGAGUCUCUCAGAGGAACAGAGUGAAAGAUCAGGCUCACCUGUGUCCAGCUCUGUGUCUGUGAAAAGUGACCAGUCAAAAGGUGAAGUAGCGAACUUCAAUGAGGAAACACCAUCAGCUACCAAAAGUGAAAGAUCAGGCUCACUUGUGUCCAGCUCUGUGUCUGUGAAGAGUGACCAGUCAAAAGGUGAAGUAGCGAACUUCAGUGCGGAAACACUAUCAGCUACCAAAAGUGAAAGAUCAGAUUCAGGUGUGUUCAGCUCUGUGUCUGUGAAAAGUGAUCAGUCAAAAGGUGAAGUAGCAAACUUCAGUGAGAAAACAUCACCUACCAAAAGUGGCCAAAUUGAUCUUGCUAACAGGGAUCAAUAUGAGAAAUCAGACUCAGACUCCCAGAAUCACCACUUCCGCGAGGGAUUCAGAGAAAAUCUCUACAAGAUCUUCCAGAUACUUGAGGAAAAAAUAACUCUAUUUAUGAAGAAUGAGCUGGAAAAAUUCAAGAAAAUAUUAAACAAAGAGAACACACAAUACUUUAAGGACUUUAUAGAGGACAUGUGUUAUAUCAAAGAAGCAGCUCUUGAUAUCACACUCUAUUACCUGAGAGAUAUGAAGCAAGAUGAAGUUGCAGAUGCUCUAAAAGAUGAGCUGGUCUUCAUUCAUCAACAACAGCUAAUAUCCCACCUGAAGAAGAAGUAUCAAUCUGUGUCUGAAGGAAUUGCAAAGCAUGGUGACUCCAAGCUUCUAAAUAACAUCUACACAGAUCUCCAUAUCACUCAAGGUUGUAGUGAACAGGUCAAUACUGAACAUGAGGUAAGACAGAUUGAGGCUGUUUCCAGGCGUCAUGAAACACAAGAGAUACAGGUUGAAUGCAAACAUUUGUUUGAAGCACCUGAACAAGACAAGCAGAUGAGAACUGUACUGACAAAAGGAGUUGCUGGCAUCGGAAAAUCAGUCUCUGUGCAAAAGUUUAUUGUGGACUGGGCUGAAAGGUUAGAAAAAGCAAAAAAAGAAAAGGACGAAAAAGGAAAAGACCAAAAAGAAAAUGAGGAUAUUAGCUUUAUAUUUCCUCUUCCUUUCCGUGAGAUGAACUUAAUACAGAAAGAAAAACAAAGUUUGAUUGACAUUAUAAGUCAGUUUUUCCCUGAGAUAAAAGGACUGAACCUUACAAGAAGGAAUCAAUUCAAAGUCCUGUUCAUUCUUGAUGGAUUGGACGAAUGUCGACUUCCCCUGAACUUUGAGGGUAAUGAGACGUGGCGUGAUGUUUCAUCACCAGCCUCUCUGGAUGUUCUCCUUACAAACCUCAUCAAGGGAAAUCUGCUCCCUUCAGCUCUCAUCUGGAUCACCACCAGACCAGCAGCAGCCAUUAAGAUUCCUCCUGACUGUAUUGACCGGGUAACAGAGGUCAGAGGGUUCAAUAAUGCACAAAAGGAAGAGUACUUCAAAAAAAGAUUCACAGAUGAGAAUCAGGCCAAAGAAAUCAUUGAUCAUGUUAAACAAUCAAAGAGUCUCUUUAUCAUGUGCCACAUCCCAGUCUUCUGCUGGAUUUCAGCCACUGUUCUCCAGAACAUUUUGGAGGAGAAAAAAAAUGAUGAUCUGAAAAAUAAUCAGGCUGAUGACGCCUCCAAAACACUGCAGGAAUCAAAUACUGAAGACACUCCCAAAACUCUGACACAAAUGUACACACACUUUCUCCGCUUUCAGAUCCUGCAGAGCAGACGAAAGUAUGAUGGAGAAUUUAAACCAGAUGUUUCAUGGAAUAAAGAUGACAUCCUUUCACUGGGGAAUCUGGCAUUUCAUCAGCUGACAAAAAACAACCUGAUCUUCUAUGACGCAGACCUGGAAGCUUGUGGUAUUGAUGUCUAUAAGGCAUCAGUGCGUUCAGGCAUGUGUACCCAGAUCUUUAAGGAGGAAAGAGGUGUCACUGUUGGUACCAUGUACUGCUUUGUUCACUUGAGCAUUCAAGAGUUUAUUGCAGCCCUUUAUGCACAUCUGUUUCUAGACAUCAACAAGAAAAGUGUGUUUGUUCAUGAGUCUACAGAACAGGAAAACAAAAAUGAAACCAUGAUUGAUUUGCUCAAGACUGCAGUGGACAAGGCACUCGAGAGUGACAAUGGACACCUGGACCUUUUCCUUCGCUUUCUUCUCGGUUUGUCACUCCAGUCCAAUCGACGACUCUUACAAGGUCUGGUGACACAGCCAAACAGGUCAGACAGUGACCACAUCAAAAAGAAAAUAGUUCAGUACAUCAAGCAGAAAUUCGAAGCUAAUCUAUCUCCAGAGAGAUCCAUCAAUCUGUUCUACUGUCUGAAUGAACUGAAUGAUCAAACUCUGGUGAAAGAGAUUCAAACCCAACUUAGAGAAGGAAGUCUCUCAUCUGGUGACCUUUCACCUGCCCAGUGGUCUGCUGUGGCCUUUGUGUUGUUGACAUCAGAGGAAGAGAUGGAGGAUUUUGAGCUUCAGAAAUUCAAGAAAUCGGAUGAGUGUUUAUUUAGACUAUCAGAAGUAGUCAAAAACUCCAAAAGAGCUCUAUUAAAUGAUUGUAAUUUAACAGACAAAAGUUGUUCAAUUCUGGCUAAAGCUCUUGAAUCAGAUAACAGUCUACAAGAGCUGAACAUGAACAAUAAUAAUCUGCAGGAUUCAGGAAUGAAGCAGCUCAGCACUGGACUGAAGAACAUAAAGUGUAAAUUGGAGAUACUGAGGCUCAGUCAAUGUAUGCUAACAGAGGGAAGCUGUUCAGUGCUUUCUACAGUUUUAAGUUCAGUCUCCAGCAGUCUGAAGGAUCUUGACCUGAGCAAUAAUAAUCUGCAGGAUUCAGGAGUGAAACUGCUCUCCAGUGGUCUGAAAAGGAACUGUAAACUGCAGAAACUCAUACUUGCAAACUGCAGUAUCACAGAAGAAGGUUAUAAAGCUCUGUCUUCAGCUCUGAGAUCAAACCCUUCACACCUGAUAGAGCUGGAUCUCACAGGAAAUGAUCCUGGACAAUCAGGAGUGAAGCAGCUCAAUGAUUUACUACAGGAUCCAAACUGUCAGCUGAAGACACUGAGGUUAAAUAAUAAUAAUAUUAGAGAAGAAGGUUGUGCUGUUCUGGCAUCAGCUUUUAUUUCAAACCCUUCAAACCUGAAAGAGCUGAAUCUGAGUGAAAAUAAACUAGGAAACUCUGGAGUGACUGAAAUCUCCACUCUGCUGGCAAAGUCACAAUGCACACUGCAGAUACUCAGACUUUCAGACUGCAGUAUCACAGAAGAAGGUUAUAAAGCUCUGGCUUCAGCUCUGAGAUCAAACCCUUCACACCUGAUAGAGCUGGAUCUCACAGGAAAUGAUCCUGGACAAUCAGGAGUGAAGCAGCUUGAUCAUUUACUACAGGAUCCAAACUGUCAACUGAAGACACUGAGGUUUUUGGGUUCUGCUGCAGAUGAAGCCUGUCAGUAUGUGACUGGAAUUGUGGGUAAAACCCAUUACUCCUGAGAGAGCUGAAUCUGAGUGAACGUGAACUAGGAGACACACGAGUGAAUCAGAUCACUGCUCUACUGCAGGAUAAACACUGUAAACUCAACACACUGAAGCUGAAUAAUAACAAUAUUACAGAAGAAGGUUGUGUUGCUUUGACUUCAGCGCUUAAUUCAAAUCCUUCAAACCUGAUCGAACUGGAUCUGAGUGGAAAUAAUUU